CUUUAUUGUAUGGUUUCUGGACUGACUAGGUUUAAUGAUUUUACAGUUGAAUGAUGCUGCUUUUGAUCUUUCUAAUGGACCAGUUAAAGAUGAGGUAAUGAUUAGUGCGGAAUCAAUUUUCAAUUUGAACUUGUAGCAUUGCAAAUCUUCAGCCUGCCUUUCAUAUGGUGAGGAUGCAUCCACUAGUUAAAGUCAUUUCAAGCUUUUUAAAUUGCAAUGCAAUGAUAUUCCGUCCCUUGCAAAUGCUUCAAUUACAUUUGUGUUCCAUUGCUACAUUGGUUAAAUUACGGCUGAAUACUCAAAAUGAAUCUUGGUAGUGCAAUGUGGUUAAAUUACUUCCCUUUGCUGCCUAUUACUGGUGAUUCCAAUCAAACCUGUUGCAGUACAUUGUUUAUCUUGCGAAGUUUGUCUACAUGUCACCUCACCUUCGCAUCCGAAGUGCAUCUUUUAAGGCUCCGUUCUGUGUUUUUGCUAGCUCUGUAUUUCUUCUUUUCGGGCAUAACUCAUAGAUGCAUAAAUUGCUAUAAAGAGUAUGGUGUAUGCUAUAUCAGUGUCAUUAUUCUCUAAAAGUCUGACCUUCUUUUUGAGUUUCUGUUACAAAAGCGCCAGUUUGUUGGACAUAUUAAAGUCAUUAGCAUAUACAUAAGUAAUAUGGCUAAAGCUAGUAUGCCAAUUUAAUCAGAAUUUUGUUAUACUUUCUUCUUGUUUUGCAUUGCAGUACACAUUGUUUGGUUCUCUGUUGACCUGUGGUGCAAUGAUUGGCUCGAUUACAAGUGGUCCAAUUGCUGAUUUCAUCGGCCGGAAAGGGGUAAGAAAGAUUGGCUGAUUUAAUUUCAGAAUCAGUGUUCUGUCAACUGAGUUUUGAACUGAUAAAAUCUCCUUGCAAAUACACCUUUUUGUUUGAUUUCUUUUCGUAACCCUUUGCUUUGUUUCUUAAGGUAAUUGUUAGUUUUUACGGAUCCUAAAACAGAGUUGUGGUUGGUUCUGAAAUCGCAUUUAAAGUUGACUAUUGAAAAUGAUUUUCUGCGAAGUCUAGAAAUUCAGUUUCAAAGGCUUAUUUCUCCUAUUUCUUGAAUGCUUUUCUGAGAUUUCUUCAUAUUAAUCUCUUCUAUGUUUCAUCUAGUUUAAUGUGGUUUUUACGGAUUGGUAAAUGGACUCCAGGUUUGUUCGGAAAUCGGAUUUGAACAUGACAUUAUCUUUGCUGAAAAAUGCAGGAAAUUCAGAAUAAAUUCCUUCUGUUGUCAGGCCUUUUUCUCCUAGGUCUUGAACUGUUUUUUGGAUUUUCUUUUUGUGAAACUGUUUUUCAUUCAGUUUACUUUGUUGUGGUUUUUACGGACUAUCAAAUGGACUCCCGAUUAGGUUAUAAAGUUGGACUAUCCAAUUGAAGGAUCAAGUAAAGAACAAGACGGCGAUGAAGUAUUAUUCAGUCGCAUAUAAGGAGACAUAGCAGACAGGCAUUCAUCUUGAUAAACAGGAGGCAUGGUGUGUCCCAUGAAAGGGAUCACAGGAUUUUCAGCAGGGAACUGUGUCUGAAAUUUGAAUAUGUCUGAAAUUUUUAAUUUUUAAUUUUUUUUGAAAAUGAAUCAGAAAAAAUUAUAAAAAAAAAAAAAAAAACGGGUCAAAACGGUUCGAUUCGGGGUUGAUCCGACAAAACUCCGAAACCAAACCGAACCGAACCGAAACUAUCCAGGUCAUUUGGGGCGUGACCUGUUCCGAACCGAACAAAAUGGUUCGGUUCGGUUUCGGGUCGGGUUGGUUUUCCUCUAAAGCACAGCCCUAAUAACAUAAGCACAAAAUCGUCUGUGUUAGAAUUGUUUUUUUCUCGAAGUACUCAAUCUUCUGGUUUUAGGCUUCUCCGAUGUCAGAACUCACUAUUAUUGACCGAGAUAGCGAAUGUUAUUGUCAUUAGCUACUCUUAUGAUUGGCUAGUAUAAUUUAAGGGCGCGAGCAGUCGGAGUUCAAUUUUAUUCAGUCCAUUGUGCCUCCUGGCUUAUCAUCCUUAUGGUUGUUGCCAGAGAAUCUUACUUGCUUUUUCUAUGUGCGGAAAAUCGCCAAAAACGGACUUUUUUGUUGCCUUGCUUGAAUAAUGCUGAGUUAUGCCUCUUUUAAAGUAUGUUAGUAUUCUUAUUGAUGUUCUCUUCUUCUUUCUUUUUUAGUGAUUAGGUGAAGUGCUUUGCUUAAUGCUUAUUUUAUCGCUUCCUGCUUGUGUAAGUUAUUUUUAAUGGGACAACGAGGUGUAGUCUAGUAGUAAGAUGCCUCCUAUGUUCCUAAUAGGUCACGGGUUCGAGUCAUGUCGUGGCUAAGUGAAGAACCACUAUUGAUCCCUUUUAAAAAGGGGAAAAUAAGUUACUUUUAAUGUAACCAAAUUGCUCACUUGUGUUUCUCUCUGAUGAGCUACGAUUAUGGAUUUCAUAAAAUAUCUGGAAAUAUAAUCAACCUUUCACUGUAGCUUGAAUAUGCUGACAUGCUUUAAUAAGGACCUUUCCUUGCCAGGUGAAAGGACUUGGAUUUUAUAUGGAUCUAUGCUUCAUUUCUUUCAUGGAAGAAUCAAUUUUAAUAGCUUUUGUUUACCCAUAGGUUUGUUCUGGAAAUGAUUUUACCUUCUGAUCCGCCAAGUUUGACUUAUACAGCCAUCAGCUGUUCCAUUUGCUGGACUUAAAGGGUUUAAUCAGGUUAAAGUUACUUCAGCAAAAAUGGAACUCUCAAUUACUCGGCCUGAUGAUUGGCAUCUCCAUCUCCGCGAUGGGAACCUGCUUGAAAUGGUUGUCCCUCACAGUGCACAACAUUUUGGAAGGGCAAUAGUUAUGCCAAACCUUAAACCUCCAAUUACAACCACAGCUGCUGCAGUGGCAUAUAGAGAAUCCAUUCUGAAAGGAUUACCGGCUAAUAGCGACUUCACUCCUCUCAUGACUCUUUAUUUGACUGAUUCCACCAGCCCUACGGAGAUCAAGCUUGCAAGAGAGAGUGGGGUUAUUUAUGCUGUUAAGCUCUAUCCUGCUGGUGCCACAACGAAUUCGCAAGAUGGUGUAACAGAUUUAUUUGGCAAAUGUUUACCUGUGCUUGAGGAGAUGAUCAAGCAUAAUAUGCCUCUCCUUGUGCAUGGAGAGGUUACUAAUCCAGAAGUUGACAUAUUUGAUCGAGAAAAAGUAUUCAUUGAAACGGUUUUGAGGCCGCUUGUGCAAAAGUAUCCACAGUUGAAAGUUGUGAUGGAGCAUAUAACCACCAUGGAUGCUGUGAAAUUCAUUGAGUCUUGUACUGAAGGGUCUAUUGCUGCAACUGUCACUCCUCAACAUCUUGUUCUAAAUAGGAAUUCCUUGUUCCAAGGAGGGCUUCAACCACACAAUUACUGCCUUCCUGUGCUCAAGCGAGAGAUUCAUAGGCAAGCCAUUGUAUCUGCUGUCACCAGUGGCAGUAAGCAAUAUUUCCUUGGUACUGAUAGUGCUCCUCAUGAAAGACAGAAGAAAGAGUGCUCUUGUGGAUGUGCUGGUAUUUAUAAUGCUCCUGUAGCAUUGUCAAUAUAUGCAAAGGUCUUCGAGGAGGCUGGAGCACUCGACAAGCUAGAAGCGUUUACCAGUUUCAACGGUCCAGACUUCUAUGGGCUCCCAAGAAACACAUCAAAAAUAAAGUUGAGGAAAACCCCAUGGAGAGUUCCAGAGUCAUUUUCUUAUGCAGCCGGGCACAUUGUACCCAUGUUUGCUGGUGAAAUGCUUGAUUGGCUGCCAUCUGAUGUUUGAUAGAGAAAUUUUUCCUUUUCAGUGUGUUGUCUAACACGCACUGGAAGUCCAGCAAAUGAUAGCCUUCUGGUGACGAGAUUUUUCCUUCAGUAUGUUGUCUAACACACACUGAAAGUCUGGCAACGGAUAGCCUUAUGGUGACGGGAAGGCGAUGCUACAGGUUCCAUCAUCCAUGCUUCUGUUUGUUUGUUUGUUUAGUGCUCCAAGACUAUAACCCUUGUGGAAAGGAAUCGAGGGAGAGCCAGUUUUCCGGAUUUGGUACAUUUGUAGCAUUAGAUGUGUUGCCUAGGCUUAGAGCAUGUUUUUACCACUUUUUCCUCUAAUUCUUAAGAGGACUCGAGAUCGUGCUAUGUUGAAUCUUGAUAUCAGAUUUGCACGUUAGUUUUGCUUGCUCGUUAGGUCCCGGAGCCUACCAAGUCACAGAAGGCUUGAGAUGGAGGAUAUAUAACUUAAGUUUGCUGUGAAAUACUCCUUCGGUUUAAAAAUUAUUGUCUAGUUGGGAUUUUCAAUUUUAGUAUAAAUUGAAUCAUAAAUAAAAUUUAAACUGGACAAUACUUUUGGGACGGAAGAAUUAAUUAAUUAGAAUUUUCUCAUUUUCGUAAUCUAAUUAUCGC